CCCCGCCCCCCGCCCGCGCGGGGCCUCCUUCCGGCUGGCGCGCCCGGGACGUGACCUCGCGGGCGCGCGCCGGAGCCACCUUGGGGGAGGUGCCCGCGCCCCCCCGCACAGGAGGUUCCACACCCAGUGUGGGCUUUGAACUCAAGACCCUGAGAUCAAGAGUUGCAUGCUCUACCGACUGAGCCAGAUGGGCGCCCCUCUCCUGCAUGUCUAAGGGAUGCUCUCGGCAGCAUCACAGCAGCCAAAAGGGGGAGACAACCCAGAUGUCCAUCCGCUGAAGAUGAAGUAAAUAAAAACCCAGUCCAUCCGUACAGUGGAGUGUUCCCGGACACAAAAAGGAAUGAAGCACUGAUGCCUGUUACCACACGGACGAACCUUGGAAACGUGCUGAGUGCAAGAAGCCUGAACAAAAGGCCACGUGCUGUAUGGUACCAUUGAUUCGAAGCAUCCCACAUUGGCAGAUCCUUAGAGGCAGAAGGCACCCUAGUAGUAGGACUGGGGAUGGGGGAUGGGGGGGGCUCGGGAGGAACAGUAAAUGCUAAUGGGGACUGGGUGUCUUGGGGUGUUGAAAAUGUUCUGAAUUGAUUAGACACAAUAUGGUGAAGAUCCUGGAAACUGUUGGAUUGUAUGCUUUAAGAUGGUAGCCUGCUACGUGGUUGGGGUUCUCUGGGCACUGCCCUGGUUCUAGGGAAAUGAUGGUGGAGACGUGCUCUGUAGAGAUUUCAGGCUCAGCUUAUGAGUCAUCCCUGAGAGAGGCCCCCACCCCGGUAACCGCCCCCCCCACCCGCCCCCUGUCACUGGUUGUCUGUCUCAGCCCUUCUGUCUUUCCUUUAUGGCUCUUCCCACCCUUGGGACUGUUUGCUCUCGCUGGACUGAGUGCCCUGAUACCAGGCGCUGGUUGGCAUCGUGUUCGGUUGUCCCACAGUAGGUGCUCAGGCACCUGCUGAGUGGAGGGACCCCACUAUGCUGCUCACAGUGCAGGGAGGUCCUGGCUGGGGUCUGCGCUCGCUGCAGGAGAGAGAGUCCGAAGAGCAGAUCAGGGUGUCUCCCGGCCCCAGUGGCUUUGUCUCUCUGUUGCAGUUCCAGGAGAAUGUCUCUGGAAAGGAAGCCCAACGCCCCGGUCUGGCUGGGAAGAGGCAAAAAGGGGGAGGGGAGUGGGAGUGGGGGCCGGGCGGGCCUGGGGAGGAAGUCUGCAGCCUCAGGCUGCCGAGGGUGUGGCGUCUGUGUUUGCACCUUUGGAAUGCAGCUGAUUCACUCUGGGGGGAGCCCUGUGCAGCCGCUGCUGCCGCCUUGGAUCUGACAUCUGGAGGCUGAAUUCCAGAAGGAGAGAGCCAGAUUCCUGCAAGCAGAUGCCAACUUUGAAGGUCAAACUAAGCGGUGGAGCUGCUUUAGGAGGAGGCCCAGAGCGUCCAACACUGCCCCACCCCAGGAUUCUGGGAGAGGAUCCAAGAGAGGGCGCGCAGUGAGGAUGCGGGAGCAACAUCUCUGAAUGAGACUCACGGAGGGGUUGUCCCUGCACGGACAGAGCGUGGACGUUCACCCAGACAGGGGCGGAUGGUAGAUGACAGCCUUGCCAACAUUCCACUGACCCCUGAGACUCAGCGGGACCAGGAGCGGCGGAUUCGGCGGGAGAUCGCAAACAGCAACGAGCGGAGACGCAUGCAGAGCAUCAACGCGGGCUUCCAGUCCCUCAAGACCCUCAUCCCCCACACAGAUGGAGAGAAGCUCAGCAAGGCAGCCAUUCUCCAGCAGACGGCAGAGUACAUCUUCUCCCUGGAGCAGGAGAAGACCAGGCUCCUGCAGCAAAACACACAGCUCAAGCGCUUUAUCCAGGAGUUGAGCGGCUCAUCCCCCAAGCGGCGGCGGGCUGAGGACAAGGACGAGGGCAUCGGGUCGCCGGACAUUUGGGAAGACGAGAAGGCGGAGGACUUGCGCCGGGAGAUGAUCGAGCUGAGGCAGCAGCUGGACAAGGAGCGCUCGGUGCGCAUGAUGCUGGAGGAGCAGGUGCGCUCGCUGGAGGCACACAUGUAUCCGGAAAAGCUCAAGGUGAUCGCCCAGCAGGUGCAGCUGCAGCAGCAACAGGAGCAGGUGCGGCUGCUGCACCAGGAGAAACUAGAGCGGGAGCAGCAGCACCUGCGGACCCAGCUCCUGCCCCCUCCGGCCCCCACCCACCACCCCACAGUGAUCGUGCCCGCGCCACCCCCUCCCUCCCACCACAUCAAUGUCGUCACCAUGGGCCCCUCCUCGGUCAUCAACUCUGUUUCCACGUCCCGGCAAAAUCUGGACACCAUUGUGCAGGCGAUCCAGCACAUCGAGGGCACCCAGGAAAGGCAGGAGCAGGAGGAGGAACAGCGGCGAGCGGUCAUCGUGAAGCCAGCCCGCAGCUGCCCGGAGGCCCACGCCUCUGACACCGCCUCCGAUUCGGAGGCCUCAGACAGCGACGCCAUGGACCAGAGCCGGGAGGAGCCAGCAGGGAACGGGGGGCUUCCCUGACCACCCCCCAGCCCUCCUCUCCCUUCCUGGGGCUGGAGGGGGCCGGGGGGGGGGCAGCAACAGGGAGCGAUGCAGGUGAACGAGUGAGGAAUUUUUACAAAAUUACGACGUCAUUUGGGUCUCUUUUAUGACCUCUUUUUCAAUACUGUAAAUCCACCUUUGAGUGAAGCCACCUGGCCUGAGGUCCCGGGGACUGGGGUGGCAGGAGCGCGUGGGAGCACCGGGACACCUGGGGCUGGGCCUCGCCCCGGCGGCUGGGGGAAGCUGACACAGCCUGGCCUCUCUCCGCCAAAAAGCAUUUUUUCAUUUCAACGUGUUUUUAAGAACAGGGAAAAUCAAACAAAGCCCCAAGGUAUUCUGCCCUCCCCAGAGCCAGCCUGAGACCGUCAGUUUUUGACUCUUUCCCUCCUCUUUGUUUUUUUUCCUUUCUCCUGUAAGCACUUACAUGGGUUGGGGGUCUGGCUGGGUCGGGGCUCUCUGGGGGCCCGGGAGUCUACAGUGCUUCUCGGUUGGGGUUUGCUGCUGCCCUUCUCCCCUCCCCUCCCGGCCUCGGCUCAGCACGAGGAUUUGCCACUCCCCAUCACCACCCAGCCCCACCUCUCCCUCCGGAUUUCCCAUCUUCUACCCCAAAAAUGUCUUUGUCUCUCUCUUUUUGUUUUGUUUGUUGUUGGUUCUUUUUGGUUUUGGUUUCGUUUAUCUUUUUUGUUUCUUGUUUCUUGGUUUUGUUUUUUUUUUGUUUUGCUUUUUUGUUUUGAAAAUUUUUUUUCUUACAAUUUUGAGGUCUUUGUGUUCAAGGAGAAACUAUUAUAUUUUGUUAAGAAAGUGGGGGGAAAAACCAAGAGGCCACCG